AACCAAUUGGAUGGCUAAUCUUGCUAGGUUGUCUUGACAGACUAAACUAUGGAGUGGGGACAGACAUUGCAAUUUCUGUAUUUUGAUUUAUAAUGUUUUGAUGAUGAGGUUUUAAGUCAUGAACACCUUUCAAGGGUAAUUCAGUCCCCCAAAUCAAGCCUGGCUUAGACAAAGCAUUUUGUUGCCUGUAAGUGUAAUUGCACAGCUAGUCUAAAAGAUUACUAGGACAAGACUCAAGAAAGCAAAUUAGACACAAUCUUACAAGCUCUAAUCUUCCAUGCCACCACACUAGAAACAAAAGUUUGUUCUUUCCUCUCAUUUGCUGUAUCACUUACCUAUAGUUGCUUCUUGGUCUACAAAGGAUCUAAACAAAAGCUGUAAUUUGAGGGCUACAUUUUGUCUAGGAAUUUAUGGUGGGGAUGACAGAGAAAAGAACAAAUAGGCCAAGUAAAAUAAAGCCCCUCAUGGACCCUUCACAAUGUGUGUAAAGCGUUCUUGGUUGCAAGGAAACCAGAAAAGAAAUGAUAAAGAAAAAGGAAUAAACUUCCAUCACUUGAUUUUGGCAGUCCUCAAAUGAAAAUUGCACAAGUCACUGGUUUCCUGAUUACAUCUUCCAUCAAUACAGAAAAAAUGUAAGAACAAAAAAAUGUAAUUGAUAAUGUUCCAUCUUGUUGUAUUUUUCUUUGCAGCCAAACCCCAAAAGGAAAUAGAAGAAGUAUUAUAUGACUGCAAUCAUGUGGUGCAAGCCAGAAGCAUCUUGUCACAUCAGCCUGCUUAGAAGGUGAUGCUUGAAUGAAGACACAACUCAAAUCCUAUUGAAAGUGACCAAAGCAUCUCUUCCUACCAAAGCUCUUUCUUUCUUUGAUCUUCUUAUGUGGAGCAGGUGGUCAGUAGGUGCAUGAUGAGUAUUGUUUUUGGGGUUUAGUAGCUGAAAGUCUCUGCUCAGAUGAGAGAGGUCUUACAUUUGAGGAGACUAAUAACAGUCCCAAUAUUUCUCAGCAACACAACUCUCCAUUUUGUUGUCAUGUUCUUUUCCACCUUCCACCCUCCUUAAGACACACCUUGCAUCUCCUGCCUCUCAUAUCUCACCAUUCUAUCACCAUAUGUCUUAUGUCCAAGCUUCAUUGUCUCAUGCUUUUGUACAUCUGGAGAGUUAAUUUCCCCUGCAAGUGCACAAGGAAAGAGCAAGGAGGUUCUUGGAUUGCAUUUCCAUGAUUGCUUCAAACUGAGAUGGAGUGGUGCUGGUGAAGGUGAAGGUGAAGACAUGGCUUUCUUCGUCAACUUCUGCUGGUCCAUCAUCACCAGUUCUUUGAUUUGGUUGUGCUGUUUCAUGGCCAUGCAUCUGUUCAGAAUUAGGCAACGAAAUAGCUUUCAGAAAGACCUCAAAAUUCCUGGAGUCACUGAUUCAUGUACUAGGGAUGAUGAUGAUGAAUCCAAGGAGAAAGAGACACCAAGUCUCAGCUUCAAGUUUCAGUAUCAGCUUUCUGAUCCUUCUGCAAGAAAAGAUGAACCCUCUAUGAAACCAAGCAUUGACAAUCUUGGCUUCCUGUCCGAGAAUGAUUUCAGUGGCUUCAUGGAAGGAGCAAGCAUAGGUGGAAUCGAAGACCAGAAGUUUCUGCAUGCUGAGCCGUUGGAGGAGGAAAAUCCAGUGAGUUGGAAGACUAAUCCUUCAACUGAACCCGAAAUCACUGAUCGAGAAAGGUUUCUGUCAGAGUUCUCCGGCUUCGACUCGGACACCGAGUCCCUCGGUGCAAGUGAUGGUUACUCGGUGAAGGACCUCAUUGUCGAUUCGGAUAGUGAUGGUUUGUUGUCGGAGAGAGACCUCGAUGAGUAUGAGCAUCAAGCCGAAGCUAUAGAAGUCUCGAUCAAUGCCACUAAAUUUCAAGUACAACAGUUCGAAGAUAUCAGAAGAUUUGAAGAAACAGAGUUGCAAUCUACUCAGAAUCGUGAUACAGAAUCUGUUACUGCAGAUGGUGAAUUUUGUCCUUUCAAAAAUCAUAGAAGACAUAUAAAGUGCGCAGGAAAUGGAUCAGACAACUCUGAGCCUGAAUUAGAUAAAAUUCAGAAGAUUCAGGCAUCAAAAUUGCUGCCAAUGGAACUGAUUGAUUCCAGUGAUGUUGAGCUUCAUACAACCGAGAAGCAUAGCAGUACAAGAAGAGGUUCUGAUCAAGUCCUCUCCUCGAAUGAGGUUUUUCAUGAUGGUCAUCUUGGAUCAAUUCCCAGCUCAGAAGAAGAAGAACAAGCACUGCUCAAAGCAGAAUUGGAUGAACUGGAAGAAGAACUUGGAAUAGAAGAGAAAGUACCAAAUCAGAGCAGGCAGAAAGAAGACACGUAUUUAGAAGACUUGGAUGAUGAGGAGGACUAUGAUGAUUUGGAAUCUCUCUGGGAACAUCAGGAUCUGAUGGAAGAGCUCAAAUUGGAGAUGAGAAAAUUGAGAGCCGUCGGUCUACCGACCAUCUUAGAGGAAUCAGAAGCCCCCAAAGCGGUUGAUGAUCCAAAACCGUGGAAGAUCCACGAGACACUCCUGCAUGAAGAUCCCAUGGAUGAGCUUCACAAGUUCUACAAGAGUUACAGGGGGAGGAUGCGGAAGUUUGACAUCUUAAACUACCAAAAAAUGUAUGCAAUAGGCUUACUCCAGCUAAAGGAUCCUCUUCAGUCAAUGAAAUCUCAAAGAUCCUUAAUUCCAACACUCAAAUCUCUUCUUCCUCAGAGUUUAUGGCCUAGAGGUCUUAAACCGGGUACCGAUCUAUCAGAGGAGUUCAUCAAGGAACUGCAAAGUGAUCUGGAAAUGGUCUAUGUUGGGGAAACAUGCCUUUCAUGGGAAUUCUUACUUUGGCAAUAUGAGAAAGCUCGGGAGCUGCCACAAUCCGCUCGAUACCGCAACCAUCAGUACAAUCAAGUAGCUGAAGAAUUCCAACAAUUUCAGGUGAUCUUGCAAAGGUUUAUAGAGGAUGAGUUUUUCAAAGGUUCAAGAUUACCCAAUUAUGUCAAACAUCGAUGUGGUAAUCAGAAUCUUCCUCAAGUUCCUCACAUAAGAGAGGAUAACUUGAAGGAGAAGAUGGAGGCUCAACUCAAAGGUAAUCAUAUCGUUUGUAGUGAAGUUCUUGAAGAAAUCAUGGAGGAAUCUAUUAGGAUCUUUUGGGAAUUUGUCAAGGCGGAUAAGGAUGAAACUCCUUGGAUGCUGAAGGGUCUACUUGGAACUCAUGUCCAACUUCAAGAUCCUGCUGACUUUAAGUUCAUGGCAAACGUACAAUCCAAUUUACAGAAGAAAGAAAAGAAACUCAAAGACAUUUUACGAAUCCGCAACUGCUUGGUAAAGAAGUUCAAGAAGCCUAAAGAAGACGGAUCGAAUCAAGACCUCUUCUCUCAAGUAGACCUAAAGUUGGUGGCACGAGUACUUCGAAUGUCUCGAAUUACAACUGAACAGCUGGUGUGGUGUCACACAAAAUUGAGCAAUAUUGUGUUCAUCCAAGGAAAAGUUCAUAGAGAGCCUUCAUUUUUGCUCUUUCCAUGCUGAGAUUGACAUUGUACUUUGUUUGAGAAUAUAUUUCCAUGUAAAUGUAGGAGAAUUAGGCUUGUCAAUCAAUCUUCUUUUUCUUACAGCAGUUCAGUUCCA